UAUCUAUCCGCUAACUAGCGUCGAUCUUACGUGACCUUGAAGACGUGCCAGCGACCAAGCACCAACCAACGACCUUCCGACUACAGUGAGGAGGAAGGUAGUAGGUCCAAGGUUGUUAAUGGAUAGUUUAUCCAGACUAGACUUGGCGGGGAAAAUUAUCAAGUUUUACAACUGCUAUUUAGUUAAAGAAGAGCAUUUGGUUAAAGAUGACUUGUGGAUUCGAGAUGGGAUAAUUCUUGAUGGAUUAACAAUAUUCUUUUUCGAAAAGGCAAUGCCAGAUAUUCUUAUCGAUGUCGGCGGAGGUAUUAUUUCUCCCGGUCUUAUAGAUGUUCAAGUUAAUGGCGCAUACGGUUAUGAUUUCUCAAAUCCAGAUCAGGACAUUGAAGAUGUCUGUAUCCAAGUUGCAAAGAGACUUCCACAAACAGGAGUUACAGCUUUUUGUCCAACAAUCAUCACAUCCUGCCAAGAAUUUUAUCCAAGACUUAUAUCAGCAUACCAGAAGUACGUAGACAAACCCAACUGUUCAAAAAUGCUAGGAAUUCAUCUUGAGGGUCCAUUUAUUAGUACAGAUUGCGCUGGAAUGCACCCAACAGACUACAUAAAAGGAUUCGGUGCUAAUCCCAUAGAGACUAUUUCAAAGGUUUACGGUCCUAAUCUUGGCAGAGUGAAAAUGAUUACAAUCGCACCAGAGUUAGAAGGCGCUCCUACAGCCGCAGCAUACUUAUCGUCACAAGGUAUCGUAGUGUCUAUUGGUCAUACCAACUCCGACUAUGAGUCGGCAGAGUCUGUUCUGUCUUCAGGAGCGACUUUUGUCACUCAUCUGUUUAAUGCAAUGCCAUCUUUCCAUCAUCGCAAAGCACACAUCUUUGGUUUAUUUGCUGGCAACAAGACACCACUCUACAUUGGGCUAAUUGCUGACUUAGUACAUUCACAUCCAGCUGCUCUACGUUUAGCGGAGGCAAUUUCACCUGGUCACGUAACCCUUGUCACGGAUUGCAACACCGCAUUCGGCCUUCCAGAUGGUUCGUAUACGUUUGGUGAACAAAAUAUUCAAGUAGAAGGUGGCAAGGCAUAUAUUGCUGGUACGAAUUGUUUAGCUGGAGGUACUACGCCACUGUUAACAUGUGUGAGAAACUUCUGGCUAGAAGUCACUUACGAGAAACUCAACGCUGAAUUCAGUGUUCCUAAGGAAUGGGCUGGACUUGGGUACGCGUUGGCUGCAGCCAGCACAAGACCAGCAAGUGUUCUUCGCCUUUUAUCUUCAAAUGUAUCCAACUCAAAACAUAUGCCGCGUUCGGAAUCCAUUUUGCCUUUGGGAACGUUAAAUCCAGGCUCUUCUGCAGACUUCAUAAUUAUACACCCAAUAUUGGAUGAAGCAAGUGUGAAGCCUCAAAUUAAACUGUUAUGUACUUGGAUCAAUGGUAAACCUGUCUAUUUCUGCUCAGAUCAUCAUGCUUAUCUCAGUAUAAAAUGCUCGACAUAAUACCUUCUAGCAUCGUUUAUUGUUUUAUUACCACGUGAUAACCCAAUUUUUACUCUUCGAAAAAUACUUCUUAAAAACAUAAACUAGUUUUUAAAUAUCAAACAGUUCCCCAAAUUUAUUCCUAGGGAAAAUAUAGACAACCAAGAACAAGUAACGAUC